AUGUACAAGCUAACGGAAGGAUCGUUAGAAAAAAUCAUGAAAGGCGUAGAUGUCGAGAAACCGAUACUUCAAAUGUUGGGCUAUAAAAAACUACCGAAAUCUGUUAAUAAAGAUGGUACCACUACUGAUCGAUAUAGAUUACUCAUAUCUGAUGGACAGAGAUUCAACUCAUUUACAAUGUUGGCCACUCAAUUAAAUAACCUGAUAGAUGAUAAUAUUUUGACUGAAUAUGCAAUCUGUAAAGUAUCAAACUAUCACCUGUCUUCAGUGAACAAUGGUGGCAAGGAAAAACGCGUGAUGCUAAUAAUGGGUAUUGAGGUGAUAGUUCCUGGCAGCAAAGUUGGACGUAAAAUAGGUGAUCCAACUAAUAUAGAGAGCAAAUCAGAGCCUGACUGUUCAGCUACAUCUGAUACAUCCAAAAAUACUGGACUAGGUUGUCAAACUAAUGGUACAGCUCAAAGAAAUACUUCAGAUAAUUACGGGUCUUCUGAUAUAUGUACUACACCAAUUGCAGCGCUAAGUCCUUACCAAAACAGAUGGGUGAUCAAGGUUCGUGUGACCAAUAAAUCUGCAAUUAGAACAUGGAGCAACUCUCGUGGAGAGGGUAAAUUGUUUUCUAUGGAUCUAAUCGAUGAGAGCGGCGAGAUUCGAUGCACCGCAUUUAGAGAUAUGUGUGAUAAGUUCUACGAUAUGAUAGAGAUUGGAAAUGUGUACUAUAUCUCGCGAUGCUCACUAAAAGCGGCGAACAAACAGUUCAACUCAUUAAAGAAUGAUUACGAAAUGACUAUGACCAAUGAUACAGAGAUCGUGCCAUGUCACGAAAACAGCGAAGACAUACCGACGCUGCAGUUCAAUUUUUGUUCCAUAAGUGAAGUGGAAAACAAGGAGAAGAAUGAUAUGAUAGAUGUCUUGGGCAUUGUUACAACAUUCAAUGAUGUGCAACAUAUCGUACAGCGAAGUACUGGUCGAGAACUUGUAAAGAGAGACGUCAAUAUCGUUGACGACAGCAAUGCAAUGGUAUGCGUCACACUUUGGGGAAAACAGGCCGAAGAUUUUGAUGGUUCUAAUAACCCGAUCGUAGCCAUUAAAGGAGCGCGUAUUGGAGAGUUCAAUGGCGGAAAGAAUUUGUCCCUUUUAAAUUCAUCCAUACUCGAAAAGGAUCCGGAUUUACCGGAAGCACAUAAAUUGCGUGGGUGGUACACUACAGUCGGCCAUUCGGAGAACGCCAAAUCGCUAUCUAAAGCAGGUGGCGGUGGUGAUUUUAACGCGCCAUUGUACACCUUCGAGGAGGCGACCGAAGCGCGGUUGGGAGAGAAACUAAAUCUCGCAGAUGCUUAUACAGUGGUGGCCACUAUAAACUUAAUUCGUGUGGAAAAUUCUAUUUACAAGGCAUGUCCCGUAGAAAGCUGCAAGAAGAAGUUAAUUGAUCAGUCUACCGGGAUAUUCAGAUGCGAGAAAUGUAAUAGGGACUAUCCUAAUUUUGCGUAUCGCUUACUGGCAAGUAUGAAUAUAGGGGAUGGGACAGGCAGUCGCUGGAUAACUGCCUUCAACGAAGAUGCCGAGAAGAUAUUGGGCAUGUCGGCGCAAGAAUUGGGAGAAUUAAAAGAGAACGACAAUGACGCCUAUAUGCAAAAAUUCGGCGAGGCGAGUUUCAAGAGAUUUACGUUCAGUUUGAGGGUAAAAUCGGAAGUUUUUCAGGAUGAAAUGAGAGUGAGACACACCUGCGCAUCGGUUGCUCCGCUAAAUUACAAGACUCAUCUGACACAUUUAAUAGACAGAGUUUCUAAGCUGGUGCAUAUUGAGAAACUGGAAUCAAACUGAAUAAGCUUCCGUUUAAUAAGAUGUGUUUUGAUAUUAUACUUUCGAAUCUUGUAGAUUAUAACGUACGAUAAUUUUAGGUAUUACUAUUCUAUAUUUGUAUACAGACAAUUGUUUAUUUAAAUCAUGUCUGUUAUGCGAUAAAACAAGUUAAAUUAAAACGCUCUAAUAUUGCAUUAAUAAUAUUAACCGAUUUUCAAUAUUAUUUUCCAGAAAUGUUUAUAAUUUAUGUACUAUGACUGCUGCACGAUACCUUGUUUAUUUUGUCUACAGCACGUCUUGUAAAAUAAAGUUUCUCUUUUUUCUAUUCA